CCCUCGCCGGGGCUCUACACAUCUCUCACUAGCUCCUUGUGCCGUCGUGUGCCACCGCCACCACCCCCCUACUGCCUCACGUACCCCUGUUCUCUCCUCUCCUCAAGAAGGCGGGGCGGCCAUGGCGGCGCCGAACGGGCUGGCGCGGAUCGACACGACGCACCCGGAGAAGAAGGCGGCGGCGGCGGCGGCCAAGCACGAGAACGGGAUCUGCCACGACGACAGCUCGGCGCCGGUGCGGGCGCAGAACAUCGACGAGCUGCACUCCAUGCAGCGGAAGCGCUCGGCGCCCACCACGCCCAUCAAGGACACCGGCGCCUCCCCCUUCGCCGUCGCCGUCUCCGACGAGGACCGCCGGAAGCAGCAGCUCCAGUCCAUCAGCGCGUCGUUGGCGUCGCUGACCCGUGAGACCGGGCCCAAGGUGGUGAGGGGCGAUCCGGCCAGGAAGGGCGAGGCCGCCGCCAAGACCAGCGCGCCGGCGGCCGCGCCGCCGCCGCCGCAGCCCCAUCACCACCACCACCACCACGUCGCCCCCACCAUCAGCGUCAGCGACAGCUCCCUCAAGUUCACCCACGUCCUCUACAACCUCUCGCCCGGCGAGCUGUACGAGCAGGCCAUCAAGUACGAGAAGGGGUCGUUCAUCACGGCCACCGGCGCGCUGGCGACGCUGUCCGGCGCCAAGACCGGCCGGUCGCCCAGGGACAAGCGCAUCGUCAAGGACGAGGCCGCGGCGCAGGAGCUCUGGUGGGGCAAGGGCUCGCCGAACAUCGAGAUGGACGAGCACACGUUCCUGACCAACAGGGAGAGGGCCGUGGACUACCUCAACUCCCUGGACAAGGUGUACGUCAACGACCAGUUCCUCAACUGGGACCCCGAGAACCGCAUCAAAGUCCGCAUCAUCUCCGCCAGGGCCUACCACUCGCUCUUCAUGCACAACAUGUGUAUCCGGCCGACGGAGGAGGAGCUGGAGAGCUUCGGCACGCCGGACUUCACGAUAUACAACGCCGGCAAGUUCCCCUGCAACCGCUACACGCACUACAUGACGUCGUCGACGAGCGUGGACAUCAACCUGGGGCGGCGGGAGAUGGUCAUCCUGGGCACGCAGUACGCCGGGGAGAUGAAGAAGGGCCUCUUCGGCGUCAUGCACUACCUCAUGCCCAAGAGGCGCAUCCUCUCCCUCCACUCCGGCUGCAACAUGGGCCGCGACGGCGACGUCGCCCUCUUCUUUGGACUCUCAGGUACUGGAAAGACGACGCUGUCGACCGACCACAACAGGCUCCUGAUCGGCGACGACGAGCACUGCUGGAGUGACAAUGGCGUCUCCAACAUCGAGGGCGGCUGCUACGCCAAGUGCAUAGACCUCUCCCGGGAGAAAGAGCCUGAUAUUUGGAACGCCAUCAAGUUCGGAACAGUGCUGGAGAACGUCGUCUUCGACGAGCACACCCGCGAGGUGGACUACACCGACAAAUCUGUCACAGAGAACACCCGUGCCGCGUACCCGAUCGAGUACAUCCCCAACGCCAAGAUACCGUGCGUCGGGCCGCACCCCAAGAACGUCAUCCUCCUGGCGUGCGACGCCUUCGGCGUGCUCCCGCCCGUCAGCAAGCUGAACCUGGCGCAGACCAUGUACCACUUCAUCAGCGGUUACACUGCUCUCGUUGCCGGUACAGAGGACGGCAUCAAGGAGCCGCAGGCCACCUUCUCGGCCUGCUUCGGCGCGGCCUUCAUCAUGCUCCACCCGACCAAGUACGCCGCCAUGCUCGCCGAGAAGAUGCAGACCUACGGCGCCACCGGGUGGCUCGUCAACACCGGCUGGUCCGGCGGAAGGUACGGCGUCGGCAAGCGGAUCAAGCUGCCGUACACCAGGAAGAUCAUCGACGCCAUCCACUCCGGCGAGCUCCUCACGGCCAACUACCAGAAGACCGAGGUCUUCGGCCUCGAGAUCCCCACCGCCAUCGAGGGCGUGCCGUCUGAGAUCCUCGACCCGAUCAACACCUGGACGGACAAGGCCGCGUACAAGGAGACGCUCCUGAAGCUGGCCGGCCUGUUCGGGAAGAACUUCGAGGUGUUCGCCAGCUACAAGAUCGGGGAGGACAGCACCCUCACCGAGGAGAUCCUCGCUGCUGGACCCAAAGUCUGAUUUCCCAUGAAGCAGAUGAAGAGUGCGAUGUGAAGGAAAUGUGUUUUUUUCAGAAUAAAGCGGUGGUGUGUGUGUGCUGUGUCUAGGUUGAUGAUGAUGAUGACGAAAAUCGGGUCCAUGUGCGGGGGGGUACUAGUAGACUUGGUUCCGUAUAUUUUUCAUGCGCAAUGUUAGUAGUUUCUGUCACAGAUUGGUGCUUGUUUUGGGUAUGUACAGAUGCACUGUGCUUUCAGAUUUGGAACUCGGAUCGGUCUGCCUGAUAUGAAUCGUGUGACCCUAUGUUCUUCCCUGUUAAUGCAUAACGCCAUAUUAUUCUGCUUGGGAA